AUGCCACGUUUUCCAGAUCGAACUUGUUUUAUAAAUAAAUUAAAUAAUAUUUUAUUACGAUUUAAUAAUUAUAUUCAUAAUUGGACACAUAUUGAUGGUGAAAAUUUAUUAAAAAAAUCAAAUUAUGAACCAAGUCAAGCAUUAGCAAGACUUGCAGCAAUAGCUAAACGUGCUGGAAUUGUUAUUAAUAAUAAUGAUGAUGAAAAUAGUAAUAGUAGACUAUCAUGUUUAUUUAAUGAAUCUGAAUUACGUCGAAUAUCAGCGAAUAAUUGUUUACGUGUAUCAUUUAUAAAUCGUUUUGCCCAAUUAUUUAGUCAAAUGGAUGCAUUUAUAUGUUAUCCACCAGUGGGCAAAUAUUCUAAUGUUGAUCAAUGA